CAAGAGAGUUCCUAUAAUUAAUUUGGGUUUUCUCAAACCCAAAUCCAGGUUAACCCAGAAAUGGAGAGGAGGAAGAAGGGAGAAGAGAGAGAGAAAAAGAAUAAGAAGAAGACAGAAGAAGGAUGAGCAGGGAAAAGAAAGGAGGAAGAAGAUAAAGUUCUUUUUUUUUUUUCUUUAGACUGAAUUAUUGCCACAUCUUUCUAGGAAGAAGGCCCCUUGAAAGUCCAAUCUCUAUUCUUAGCCCAAGCAAAUUCCAUGGAUUCCUACGACAAACCUAGCGCUCACCCGCCAAAGCACCACCAGUCAUCCUCCUCCGAGCUAUUUGCCAGUGCCAAGUUGGUGGCCGAGGCGGCCCAAGCCACGCUCCGCCAUGAAUCGGACAAGGUUGAUCGGGUCAAGGUUGCCGGCGCAGCCGAAGACCUUCUAGGUGCAGCCUCUCACUACGGCAAGUUAGAAGAGAAGGGUCUCGGCAAGUAUGUGCAGAAGGCUGAGGAUUAUCUGCAUCAGUACCACACAUCCCAGGCCACACCCCCCACUGUCGGUGCUACGAGCACCCAUCAUGCUUCCUCUCAUUCCGCCACCACCGCGCACUCCAGCGGCGGUGAUGGGCAUUCCGGAAGUGGGUAUGGAGACUACUUGAAGAUGGCUGAAGGUUUCCUCGGCCACCAGUCUUCCUCUCAUUCCGCCACCACCGCGGACUCCAGCGGUAGUGAAGGGCAUUCCGGAAGUGGGUAUGGAGACUACUUUAAGAUGGCUGAAGGUUUCUUGAAGAAACACUAAAUAAAAUUUCCUUUUUGUACAAUAUUGAUCUUUCCUUCCCUGUAACUUAUGUCUUGUGGUUGUGCAUCAAUAAAAAUCUCAGCUUGGG